CAGGCGGCCCUCGGGCUGCCGCCGCCCCCGCAGCUGCGGGCGCCCGCGGCGCCGCGCCAGCAGCCCGUGCGGGAGCUGCCGUGGAAGGGGCAGACCGUGCGCCUGUUCGGGGUGGCGACCUACACCGCCUCGGUCGGCUGCGACGAGGUCUUCCGGGAGCUGGAGGACUUCCGCCCAGGCAUCGUUCUGAUGGAGAGCUUCGACGUCGGAGAAGACAUCGAGGUCGAGCCGGGCGACCCCCUGCCCUACCGGCCGCUGCUGGGCAGCGGCCUGGGCGCCGCCCUCCGCGACGUGGGCGACAGGGAGUUCAGGAGGGCGUGGUCCACCGAGGCCGUGGCCGUGCUAGCCGCCCUGCGCGUCGGCGCCGAGAUUCGCCUGUGCGACCGCCUCCACGUCGCGUCCUUCGACCGGCUCAUCGCUCACCACGGCCUGGACGAGCUCAAGCUGCGGCUGCUGCAGGCCACGGAGGCAAUCGCCAGCUUCGUGGAGCAGCAGGUGUCGCGCGAGGCCGCCGAGGCGCGCAAGGCCAAGAGGAAGCCCAAGCCGGUCGGCUUCUCGGACUUGCCGCAG